UUCUGGGGAGGUACUUGAUCAAGCUCACAGCCGGGCCUGGAAGCUCGUAUCUCAAAUUAUCGUAUCACGUUCUCGAGGCAGAUCUCACGCAACUUGCUUAUCAACUGAUACUAUAAGUGCUCCGGUGCCCUUCGUUGAUUAAUUAGUUCAACAUGGUCUUCUCCCCAACUGCUGGUGUCGCCUCUGCAUUACUAUUGGUAACUCCGUACACGCCGAAUAUUGCUACCGUUGAAACCACACCAGGUUGUUUAACGGACAACUUCUAUGGAACAUACGGAGGACGGAGCAUUUUCUAUAUCCCACCUACUUGCCUCGAAACCAACUCUAUCAAAGGCUUACAGUCGGCCUCUCUGCUUCCGUAUGUCGCCAAUGGUGAACGUCAACUUGUAUGGCUGCAAGAGUCGGCUAUCGACAGUUCUCUGGUAACUCGAGAGUACGAAGCGGAGGUUCAAGGUUUCUUUAGGUGGUUGGGAAAUGACGGAUACUCCAUGGGUGGCGGACAACAGUUGUCUGGUCAUCAGCAUUUACUGUCCUCUGCAGAUGAGCCUGGAGUAGAGCUUCACUUGAUGGAUUUGCAGCCAGCGGGAGGAUCCUAUGGACUUAUAGCCGUCGAACAGAGUCUAGCGCCCAGCAUCGAGGCAUUGCUCCCUCGUUACUGGAAGCCAUACGUUCUACCCAAGCAACCCGCGUCAUAUCUCCCGGUCCCAAAACCUGCUAUCGAGCAUGUCAAGAACCUCCUCGAGACCGUUCGCUUCGAUCCAGUCGUAUCGUCACUCGUAAACAGCAUCUCAUUGAAUCAGAUGCGUGACGACAUCAGAUGGCUUACGGGUGAGGAUGGAGAGUCUGGAAUCAUCUCCCGCCACUCGUUUGCAGAGGGCUCUCGCGUCGCUGCUAAUUGGCUCAAGGAACGUUUUGAGGAGACAGGCGCAACUUGCGAACUUAAGACUUUCUUGACGGGAUUCGCGCCGAAUGUGGCCUGCAAAUACUCUGCGCCGGAGGACACAACAUCCACUGUCCUCAUUUCUGGGCAUUACGAUUCGCGUGGUUCCUUUGGUUCACAGAGGGCUCCCGGAGGAAAUGAUGAUGGCUCAGGCACCGUUGCCCUUCUCGGAAUUGCACGUGCCGUUGCCCACUCCGGUCUCACUUUCCGCAGCAACGUAGAGCUUGUCGCUUUCGCAGGCGAGGAGCAGGGCCUGUACGGUUCAAAGGCUUACGCCCGCGAGAUGCGCGCGAAGGACGCAAACAUCACUGUAAUGAUCCAGGCUGAUAUGCUUGGGUACCACGCCCCUGGCGAACCUCCUCAACUUGGACUUCCGAUGUAUAUCGGUACUCCAGAAGUGGCUCAACUUGUUUCCAACAUGUCGGCCAUCUACAGCCCAGAGCUUACUGUGGGCUACACUGCCGCAUGUUGCAGUGACCACCAGUCCUUCCAUGAGCAAGGAUACGCCUCGACGCAAGUGUUCGAGCGUGCUGGUCCAAUUGCAGACCCCAUGUACCACAACAGCGGUGAUCUGAGCGAACGUCCCGGCUACGACCUCAGCCAAAUUCGCUCAAUUGCGAAAGUUCAGUUUGCUACCGUGCUUCACGCCGCAGGAUUCGACCUUCCCAGCGAUGAAGCUUUGAACUGAUAUACAUUCUGUUAUGCAUACCAGAGCAAUGUCUUCAUGUAUAUCCCUUCAGACGAGGAAAGCAAGGUUUUUUGAAAUAUCUGGUGGUGUUUAAACCACUGUUGCUAAAUU